GCAUUGGCUGGGAAGCCGGACAAAGCGAAUGCUCUUCGGAGAGUAAUUAAAACUAAAGGAAUUAGGAAGAUUCCUGGAAUGAGUUCUAUCCAUGUAGAUAGCCAACUUCAUCAAUAUAUGUAGGUGAUAAAUCUUACCCAAAAACCCAGGAAAUUUAUAUCGUCUAAGAAGAUAUGAUUCGAAGGUUGCAAUUGGCCGGAUAUGUUCCGAAUCUGGCUGCACAAGUGUUUCCUGAUUCUGAUGGUGUGGAAGAUGCUGGGGUCAGUUUGGAGAAGGAGCAGGCACUGUUUUCGCACAGCGAGAAGCUGGCAGUCUGUUUUGGACUUUUAAGCACAAAACCUGGUAAGCCUCUGUAUAUUUUCAAGAACUUACGACUAUGCCAUGACUGUCAUGCCGCCAUUAAGAUUGUUUCGAAGAUCUAUGACCGGGAAAUUGCAGUCCGAGAUCAGAACCGGUUUCAUUGUUUUAAGGAGGGAUCAUGUUCUUGUUGUGAUUUCUGGUAACCAUUGACUGUUAUAAUCUAAACA